AUUUUUAUGAACGUAUAUACUAUUUGAUAAAAGAUUGUCUUAUUUAAUACAGAUUAAGUUGGCAAUGGUAUUUUAUCUAAACAUAGGGAUGUCCCGUAUUACUUGCAUUAUCAGUAGUUUUCUUAGUUGGAAUAUGUGAUUUCCUUGUUGUUUCAAUUUAUAUAAUAUGUUUUAUAACUGACGAUAUUGUUAUUGAUUCGUUUUAAUAUAUAGUACAAAAAGAAAUAUUUUACAAAGUUUUAGAAGUGUUAUUUUGUUAUUAAUAUUAUUCGUAGGUUAAAUCAAGAUAAAUUAUAUAUUAUACUUCAUCAGUUAUAUGUUAUUAAUAUGUUAAUGAACUAUACGGUGAAUAUAUAACAGGAUAUAUCAUCUAUACAUAUAUACAAAUAUUGAGACAUAUAUAUAUUUACCAUAUAAGUAAAUAACUAAAUAUAUUAGAAUUUUUACUAUCAAAAAGUUACAUAAUAUGGAUAAUAAACAAGUAACAGAAUGCAUAAGAGAAUUUAAAUUACGGCAACAGUAUCCAAGCAUAGCUCCAAAACAAAAAAAUAAAAAUCUACCAAAAGUAAGGGUAGAAACAAAGACAUGUUUACAAUUAUCACCUAGAAAUACAGAAUGUACGUUACCCAUCAAUGUACAAAAAAAAGAUGGAUUUCAUAAAUUACGACUAAAAUUACCAAGUGGUAAAGAUUUAGGAGAAUUUAAUGUACAAAUGUUGUCUUUUAAUAACAACAUUGUAAAAAGUAAGACCCUUAUAAAUCAAAAUAAAUGUAAAAAUUUAAAUAAAUCUAUUAUAUUAUCAAAUAUAAUGUUAAAAGAUAAAGAAAACAAGUUGGUAACCAUUGUACCCCUUCGAUGUACGAAUGUUAACAAAAAUAUUAAUAUAUCAAAGUUAGAUAACACAGUUUCUUCUAAAAAGGACAAUAAUAAUAUCGAUGAAAAAUGCCAAGGUAAAACUGUUUUUUUAAAACAUAUUGUCACUACUGAUGAAAAUCAUAAAGAAGGACAAAAUAAAAAUACUACAAAUAUGGAUACAGAUAUUACAAAUAAUGAAUGUUAUAAGAAUGGAGAAUCCGAAUGUAAUCAGAUUCCAAAAACAAAGUCAAAAGAUGUUUUUUUGGAUAAAAGUGCAUUAGAAAAUAUUAAAAAAUUAGGAAAUACAGAUUCCUUGUCGGAAUUAUCAGAACAUGUAUUAAUUUCUGAAUCUGAAAAUGUUAUUGAUACAUUUUCAAAUCAAUCUGUGAAUAUGUCUAAUAAUAUAAUUAAGAUAGUAAACAAAAAUUCUGAUUUAGGUUAUUCUAUAUUUGAUGAUAAUGUAUUAUUUAAUAAUACAAAAAAAGAACUAUAUUUAUUAUCAAUGAAUAAUGAAGAUAUAGAUACAUCCUUUGAAGAAACACCAAAUACUACGUACAAUCAAAAGAAGAUUAAAAAUAUUUCUGACCAUCAAAAUAUGAUUGAACAAAACAUGACUGUACAUGAUAAUGGAAUAUCAUUAUCAGAUAACUACAUUACAAUAAAGGAUAAUUAUGAUGCAAAACAUAAUAAUGAUAAUGAAUAUAGUAAUGUUUCUCUAAGAUAUAAUAAUGAUAGUAUUCCUAUUGUCAUAGCAAAAAAUGGUCAUAAACAUUUUAAAUCCCAAAAUGUCAACAAUCAUUCAAUAAAAAAUCAUUUUGAUGAUAAUAUACCAUUACAAAAAUCAUUAUCUUCUAGUUGGAGUACUCUUAAAGAUAUAGUAACUAUAAAAGAUGAACAAAUGAGAAUUAAAGCAUUCAAAGCCCUUGCAGAUUGUAUUGUAAUAAAUCAACAGAUUCCUUCACAUUUACCAACAGAUUUAAAAACAGUAUGUGACAUUAAAGUACAAACAAACAAUUCAUUAUUUGAACCAAAGAAUUUUGCUAGUAAAAAGGAAAAUACAUUUGGUAUCCCAAAAAUAAAAUUAAAAGAAUCAUAUUCUGCAAACACAAUAGAAAAUUCAAAUACAAAUCUAUUGAAUGAUAUGAAUGAAAAUUCAGUUUUUUCACUUUUCCAUCAAUCACAAGAGUCUAAUAUAUAUCUUGAAAAAAUUACUGAUGAUGUGUGUAAUAAAAAUAGUGGUGCCAAUAGAGUUAAACAAAUUCUAUUACAAGCAAAUCCAUUUUAUAACAAAAUCUUUAAACAACUACAAAGAGACUUUGAAACUGCUGCACAAUGGGAUGAAAACGGAAUGUUAAAUAUACAUAGAGCUGUUAUUAGUAAUAGAAUUUAUGAUGUUCAAAGACAUUUAAUGGUACUUGAAGCUUGUAAUAUAAAUAUAGACAUACUUUCAGAGUCACACGAGACAAGUUUAGAAUUGGCAGUUAAGCAUAAUGUAUCUAUUGAAAUUGUCAAGUUACUAUUAAAAGCUGGUGCAAAUCCAGUAUCAUUAAAACCAAUACAUGAGACAGCUUUGAUAAUAGCCAGUAAAACAAAUUCUUUAUUAUUACCAGAACUUGUAAAACAUGUUCCAUGUAUUAAACUACUAAAUAAUAUAGAUUCUACAGGUUUUGCUCCAUUACAUUACUGUGCUCUAUAUGGUAACUUAAAAGGAGUUAUCUCAUUAAUAAAUAUGGGUGCUAAUGUAAAUUUAAGAGAAAACAGAUCUGGUAGAACUCCGCUUUUUUUGGCAAUAGAAAACAAGCAUUCUGCAAUAGCACAAAAACUUAUUGAAAAAGGAGCAUCAAUAAAUAUCCCUAAUUUUUCUGGACAAACAAUUAUUUCAUUACCAACUUAAAUCAAUCUUCUUUAUUUAAGAACACUAUUAUUUAAUUAUAAAUAAAUAUAAUUAUAAAUAAUUUUCUAAUAAACAUAUCUAGAUACAUAUUAAAUAUAUGUAUAGAUUUAUUAUAAUUUGAUAACAAUAGGGCUAUACUUUAGGUCAGAUAAUUCCUAUGUCUAAGUUGUAUCUGAAAUUAAUAAUAAUUCUGUGUGUACCUAAAUCAAUUUUUUGCAGUUAUAAUAAUAUGGGUACCUUGUUGGUCGAAAUUAUUUUCGCUUGCAUAACAAGUAUUGUAUAUUCAAUCAAUUUCUACUUAAGAAUUCUACUCCUACAGAUUAAGGAUUUUUUGUUUAUAUUUCAGAUACACAGUACAUAAGAAUGUAUACACUUUAAUAAGAUAGUAUGUGUAGAAUUCACAUCCUAAGCAAAUUGUAAAAAUCUCUUGCCAAGAAAAUUUUAGAGAAAUUAAAAUGUAUAUCUCUUGCUCUCCUUCUGUUUGUCUAUAUCAGAAAAAAUCGUCUAAAAAAAUCAGAGCUUGAAGAAGAUUUCAAUCAGAUACUGUCAUAUCUUUUAUAUGGACGAAAUCAAAGUCUGAAAUUAGAAGUUUAUUAUUUAGUGAAAUCAGUGUUAUUCAAAUUCAAGGGUAUCUCAAAUAUCAACAUACUCGACAGACACAAAACGAGACAUUUACGACCAAAUCGACUGACCUCUGUUAUUUAUUUAACGCUAAUAUGUUUAUCAAAAUAUUUAGAAUAAUAAACUGUAGAUGCUCUUUCCGUAAGCGAUAAAUGUUUUGACAGUUUCAAUCCUAAAUAUUAUGUAAGGUCAAGUAAGCAUAGGAAUUGUAAAAAUUCCUUGCCAAGAAUAGCAAAAGAAAGUAUCAGAAUGUAAAAGAAAAAAUUAAGAUGACAGAUUAUUUUAACAGAUAUUUAUAGAAGCAAUGAUAAAGUUUGACUUUGAUAAUAAUAAUUCUAUGUUAUCUGUAACAAAAUUAUUAUUUAUUAUAUUACUAAUUGCUAGUUUUCUUAUAUGUUUUUCUCUUCAAAAAAGAGACAAAUUGUAAAUAUAAU